AUCAUCAUGUGCUCCUGUUAACAUUGCGAAAAAUUCCGUCUAAAAUGGAGUGUAAGAAAGGAAAUAGAGAUAGUACGUCUGCUCCUUUCUAGUAUGUGAAGCAAGCUGAAACGCAGAGGUUAUGUGUGUGGCUUGCGCAUAUUACGCUAUUUCUUCGUUAAACUGUCGUCAGAUCCAUAGAGUGCGUACCAAAUUGUUCUGGACUGCUUUGAUUUGUCAAGAAACCGGUUGAAUUGUUAAAUAUUUCAGAACAAUUACUUAUAAUUAAAAAUGGUUGUAAGACAAUAUCAAGAGGAGCUCAAGUAUUUGGAAAAAAUAAAUGAACAUUGUUGGAGAAUUAAAAAAGGUUUUCAACCUAAUAUGAAGGUUGAAGGAGUGUUUUAUGUAAACAAUACAUUGGAGCGUUUGAUGUUUGAUGAGUUGCGCAAUGCAUGUCGACCAGGUGCAAUUGGAGGUUUUCUUCCUGGGAUGAAGCAGAUUGCUAAUGUUGCAGCUCUGCCUGGUAUUGUAUGGAGAUCUGUUGGAUUACCAGAUGUGCACUCUGGAUAUGGCUUUGCUAUUGGUAAUAUGGCAGCAUUUGAUAUGGAUGAUCCAACGUCAAUUGUAUCACCUGGUGGUGUAGGUUUUGAUAUAAAUUGUGGUGUUCGUCUACUACGAACAAAUUUAUUCGAGAGAGACGUUUUACCAGUAAAAGAACAACUUGCACAAAGCAUGUUUGAUCAUAUUCCAGUCGGAGUUGGUUCAAAAGGAAUCAUACCAAUGAAUUCACGGGAUUUAGAAGAAGCUCUAGAAAUGGGAAUGGAUUGGUCUCUGAGGGAAGGAUACAUUUGGGCCGAGGAUAAAGAACAUUGUGAAGAAUAUGGAAGAAUGCUUAAUGCUGAUCCAUCCAAAGUAUCAAUGAGAGCUAAGAAACGUGGACUUCCUCAAUUAGGUACAUUAGGAGCUGGAAACCAUUAUGCAGAAAUUCAAGUAGUAGAUGAAAUAUAUGACAAGUGGGCUGCGUGUAAAAUGGGCAUUGAAGAAAAAGGACAAGUUUGUGUUAUGAUCCACUCGGGAAGCAGAGGAUUUGGUCAUCAAGUUGCUACAGAUGCGCUUGUGCAAAUGGAAAAGGCUAUGAAACGUGACAACAUAGAAACCAACGAUAGACAGCUUGCAUGCGCUCAUAUUAAAUCUCAAGAAGGCCAGGACUACUUAAAAUCAAUGGCAGCUGCUGCUAAUUUUGCGUGGGUCAACAGGAGUUCUAUGACAUUCCUUAGUCGACAGGCAUUUGCGAAACAAUUUAACUUAUCUCCCGAUGAUUUAGAUAUGCACGUUAUUUACGACGUUUCUCAUAAUAUUGCCAAAGUAGAAGAACACAUAGUUGAAGGAAAACAGAAAACUCUUUUAGUUCAUAGAAAGGGAUCAACAAGAGCGUUCCCACCGCAUCAUCCUUUGAUUCCUGUAGACUAUCAGAUAACAGGUCAACCAGUUUUAAUCGGUGGCACGAUGGGAACCUGCAGUUAUGUUCUGACUGGCACAGAAGAGGGUAUGAAAGAAACGUUUGGAUCAACAUGUCACGGAGCUGGCCGUGCUCUCUCAAGAGCUAAGUCACGUCGAAACUUGGAUUACCAACAAGUUCUGAACAAAUUACAAGAAUCAGGCAUAUCGAUACGAGUUGCUUCACCGAAAUUGGUCAUGGAAGAAGCGCCGGAAUCCUAUAAAAAUGUAACGGAUGUUGUUAAUACUUGUCACGCAGCUGGAAUUUCUAAGAAAUGCAUCAAGCUACGACCAAUUGCAGUUAUCAAGGGAUAAUCGUUACGAGAAAAUAUUGAUUGCUUUCUGAAUAAUGGAUAAUAAAUAAUAAAUAUAUAGAUAAAUUAAUGUGUAAAAUAUUAAUCAAUAAAUUUUACAUCACGCGAUUAGAUGAUAUUGCAUUUUGUAUGAGUUAUACCAAAAAUUAAUUCGAGAUACGAAAUGUUAAUAAUGUGAUAUCUUUUUUACCUGAUAAUAAAAUGAAAUAAGUUGAUUAAUAUAUAUUUAAUGACAUUA